GAGCGACAGGCGCACCGCACGACAUGGCAGACAAAAAGAUUGCCGCCACCGAGACCAUCGGCUCAGAGAAGGACAGCAACAAUCAUCUCAGCGAUAAUGACAAUAACAACAACCACAACAUCUCAUCCCUCGCGCCGCCAGAGAAGACGAGGUGGGAGCGUUCGUGGCCGACUAUUGCAUGCGGAGCGGGACUCUUCAGUGAUGGCUAUCUGCAGUCUGUCAUCGGCCCCGUCAAUACCUGCUUGAAGACCAUCUACGGGACUGCAUAUACUGGCAGCAAUGCUGCGCAGAAUGUUACCUCUAUCGCAUUCGCGGGAACUGUUCUGGGACAAUUGGUUUUCGGAUACACAAGCGACCACUACUCGCGCAAAUGGUCCCUCCUCGUCUCCACCAUCAUCUUGUUCGUCUUUGCCGCUUUAUCUGCUGGCUCUUACGGCGCAGGAGGAACACUGAGUGGAAUGAUUGCUGCCCUCACUGCGUAUCGCUUUCUGCUCGGAAUUGGCAUCGGUGGAGAGUACCCUGCUGGCUCUGUAGGUUGUGCAGAGUCGACUGGCGAACUCAAGGAGGGUCAUCGCAACAGGUGGUUCUGUCUCUUUACGAAUACCCAGAUCGACUUUGGCUUUACUGUGGGCUGUCUAGUGCCAAUGAGAACGAUUAUUACGCGCAUUGCCCCCAACAAUCUCGGUUUGGUCUGGCGUCUUUCCUUAGGAUUAGGUGUAGUCCCACCUCUCAGCUUGAUGUACCUUCGUUUCAAGAUGAAGGAGCCAGAGUCAUUCGCGCGUGAGGGUUUCGUGCACGUCAAGACCCCGUACUGGCUUGCCCUCAAGUUCUAUGGCCCUCGCCUUUGUCUGGUUGCGGGCAUCUGGUUCAUCUACGACUUCUUGACCUAUCCAUUCUCCAUCUACUCCAGCGCGUGGAUCGAUGUGAUUCAGCCCGAUGCAGCGUUGUGGCAAACCUUUGGCUGGUCUGCACUCGUGAAUUUCUUCUACCUCCCUGGAGCCAUUUUUGGCAGUUUUACUUCCGACUGGAUGGGUCCUCGUCGCGCUCUCAUGACCUUUGUCGUUGCACAAGGUGUAGUCGGCUUCAUCAUGUCGGGCUGCUACGGCUACCUCAAAAUGCCGCAAAACAUCGGCGGCUUCGUAGUGGUAUACGGAAUCUUCCUCGCGCUCGGUGAGAUGGGACCUGGAGACAAUAUCGGCUUAGUAGCGAGCAAAACUUGCGCGACUGGCAUCCGAGGGCAAUACUAUGCGAUCGCUGCGGCAUGUGGCAAAAUUGGCGGCUUCAUUGGCCAGUACAUUUUUCCAUAUAUCCAAGAUGCUGGCGGGCCGGCAGACAGUGUCCGCGCAGGGCAAUAUCCCUUCUACGUGGCGUCCAGCCUGUGCUUUGUGUCCGCUUUUCUCGUAUGGUGCUUGCCUACGAUCAACCAGGACACGAUCGAGAAGGAGGACAUUCAGUUUCGAGAAUAUCUGGAGGCGCACGGCUUUGAUACUACGAAAAUGGGUGAUCAGCAGUGGCAGAGGACACAAAGUGUGCAUUCUGCACGUGCAGAGGAGACCGGGAGCGAUAGUAAAUCUCAAUGAAUGACCGGAGCUACGACAGACUUCCAAUAAAGAGAAAGCAGAGACAAACCAAAUAUUGAUUAGAAC